UCAAAGAUUCUCUCUCCUUCAAUUCAGUCUUCGUUGUUGUCUGUCUACAAGAAGAAGUCCAAAUUAUCCAAUGGAGACUCCAUCAUCAUCAGCAACGAGAAGAGUCACUAGAUCGCAGGCUAUCUUUGCAAUCAACAACUCUGGUUCUGAAUCUAUAACUCCCUUUUCAUCAAAUAAAACAGAGGAUUCGAACAGAGGAAACAAGGAAGAUAGGUCUUAUGCUGCGCUGAUCGACAUAACGAACGAUUCACCGAUCGUGGGUCUAGCGUUGCAGACGCCUCCUUCAGGUUUCAUGGUUAAACGGAGAAGCAGCAGAAUCAAGAACACGCCUGGGUCUGGUGAAGCCCUUUUGAGAGGACAAGUCAAAACCCUCUUGCACAAGGUUAAAGAAGAAGAAACAGAGCUUAUCCAUUCAAUAAAGACUCGUCCUUUUAUCCACCUAGUCACUUCUCCAAUGAGACUUCUCGCUCCAACUCCAGCAAACACUCCCCAAUCCCCAAACAUUUCAGAUAGUAACGAUGUCAAGAUUAAGAUCGCAUCCCCGAUUGUUGCUGAACACUUGAGAACCUCUCUGAUAUUUGAAGAGAAAGAAGAGAAGAGUAUGAGCAUAAUUACUCGUUCUUUGAUGUUUGACUUCACCACGGACAAGUCAGAAGAAGAUGUUGAUGGACUGUGUAAAGGAGAGAAGAAGACUCAAGCUGAAUUUGCAAGGAAACGUAGCAGAUUGAUGUAUAACAGUAAUGAUGAGAAGAUCGUAGAGGUCAAAGAAGUGCUGUUGCAUUUGUAAUCUUGAUUCUUAUUGGGCUUUGCUUUGUAUCGGUCACGAAGUAGUGAUCUGUAAUUUCUAGGUCCAAAAAGGCCCAUUUAUGUGAGUGAAAAAAUAGGAGACAAGUCGUUGUCGAGAUGAAGAUGAAAUGAUUUGGUGGUGGUGGUAGCAACUAGCAAGUUAAAAAAGAAAACUAACAGAACACAUGAGAAAACAGAAGAAGGACGUUCCAACGAACCUUUCUCUCUACUUGUUGUUCUAUUUACCCAAAAACUUUCUUCUUUAGUGUGAAGUAAACGCCAA